GGGGGGUUUAUAAACCAACCGGCAGGCCCAAUUGAAAGCAUCACUCAGCAGUCAAAGCAGGAGGAUACAGACCUGCUCUCUCUCCAUCCCCUCUGAACUUAAAAGUCCUGCAGAACUUCAGACCUAUUUUGUAGUCAACAGCAAAGACCAGUGACAUGAUGAAGGCGGCCAUUAUUUUCACUCUGCUCCUGACCACUGUGCUAUGCAGACCGGCCAGGAGAACAUUCAGCAGCUCAGAGAGCUCAGAGGAACAGGUUAAACCCGCCCGGGCCAAGGGAAAUCGAGCUCCAGUCCAGGCGGUUGUGGACCUCGUCUCUGCGGUGAAAUCUGCCAUCACAGACAUCCUCUCAGAGUCAACGGCACUGCCCGGCCCCUCCGCCACCCCAGACACCGCGUCUGACCAAAGCCAGGAUGACGCUGAUGAUGAGGAAGAUAACAGCGAAGACACAGAGGAGAAUGAAUCCGAUGAGGACGAGUCCGGCGAGCCCUCCACCCCCUCGCCCGUUACCGGAACAACGGUGAUGGCGGUCGGGACAGAGGAGCCCACGGCGGACACCACAGUGGAGCCCAUCACCCCCACCGUGGUCACCGACCAGGGCCGCGGGGACAGCCUGCUGCGCUUCCCCAGCGACUACAAGAGCAACCUGUACGGGGAGGACAAGUCCUACCACAAGGGCCUCUCGCCCUACAAGUCCUACGAGGUGCUGGAUGGGGCGAAGAGGAUGGCCUACGACAUGACCAAUGGGAACGAGGUGGAGAAGGGCCUGAAGGUGUACAAGGCGCUGCAGGUGCAUGCUGACCUCCUGGAGGAGGACACCAGUACUCCGGAGGUAGAGAGCCAGGGUCUGGACACCUCCUCCCCAGACCAAGAGGCCAGUCCCAAGCAGGCCCUUCUCCCCAACCUCCAGGAGCAGGAGGUUAGCUUCAGCCCCAGCGACGCCGCCCCCACCGACAGCUCCAGUGCCACCGACGAGGAGGCCGAGGAGAGCACCGCCAGCCCUAGCGAUAGUGCCAGCGCUAGCGACGAGUCGGAGGACAGCGAGGACGCCACAGCCACACCCGGCGCUGCCGAUAGCCAAUCGGAUGAGUCUGACAGCGUUGAGGGCGACUCAGAUGAAGAGGGGGCGUUGGUGCCUGUCAACACCACUGACAUGCCAAUGUUGGCCAAAUGAAGCCCCGCCCCUCCGGCUGAGGAGAGGUGGACAGUGACACCAGUGUGGUAGCACAGUUCAUGGCUGCCCAGUUCACAGUGUUGCUCAACACCGCCCCCUAUCUGCUGGGUUCUGCUGCCGCACCAUGCAGGGACUCUAGCCCUCCAUCUUAUAUUAUUCCACUCAGCCAGGUCAAAGCGUUGUAUUACCGUAGGGCUGUCACUAUUCCCUGGGAUGGGCAAGACAUGGAUUUAGACAGUAAAGACUAUGGCCUUGGACAGGAAAAUUACACCCUGGCCUUCAGCCCCUCCCUCUAGCACUUCCAGGUCAAAGGUUAAAAGUGAAAUCAACACAAACGGUUGGAGCCUGGAGUAUUUAUUCAUGUAUCAUUAUUUAAACUAUGGCAUAGUUAAAGUUUAGGAAAUCUCAGUAAUAGCUAAUGAGUGCACAGCCGUGUGUGGCAGUUUGAGGUACUUGCUGAAUUAACCUUAGACCCUCAUAUUGGAGUGGCCUAGCCUAGCAUGCUCUCUGGACCAAGAUAGCGCAUGCACACUCUUGUUCUCACAUUAAACACAAGACCCAACACACAGCAGGUUGUCAAAGGCAUGCAUCCUGGCUCAGUGCUAUGGUCAUGGUAAUGCAUCAGCUUGUACCAUUUCACAAGGGUUAGGGUUAUCAAUUGAACGGUUUUCCAUUCAUGAGAAAAAAGUUUUAACGUUUGGGAAAAAAGACAUGUAAACACAUAUUACCUUCAGGGGUAUACAGAAAGACUGUCUGACAAACAGACAGACACAAGGGCUGACAUACAGGCUGACACAGACAGACAGGCAAACAAACAGAAAGACAUGCAAUAAAAUAAAUAUUAUUUUCCUUCUCCAAUUUGUAGUUGUUUUUAAUCACAACCCUUUCUGUAGGCCUAUAUAUUAGUAUGAUAUCAUACCAGUGGUUUACGUAACAUUCGGUCUAUAGUAGGAUAUUAUAAGCCUUCUAAAUAAAUAUUAUAUUUAAUAUAUAUAUAUAUAUCUUACUAAAUAAUAAAUGUUAUAGUAAGAUAUUUCAAAGGUCAAAGGUUUUUUAUUUACCAUUUGUGAAGAAACCAGACAGUCUCAACACAUAGGAAUUCUUGUUCAGGGCUUCCCAAGUCAAGUUCAUGAGAGAGAGAGAGAGAGAGAGAGAGAGAGAGAGAGAGAGAGCAGCACAAUAAAUAGUAAUAAUAAAAAAUACAAAAAAAAAUUAAGGAUUUAGAUAAGGACAAAUUGCACAUCAUGCAUAGCAUUGCAGAGAGCACCACAACAAACCCAUUUUCUGAGUACAACACAAACAAAUAUCAAUAAAAAGUCAUAUCUAUGGUA